AGCACGAGAGUGGAUGAUUUGGAAUACUGGUUUUUUUUUUUAACAGAUUACGUUUCAGAUUUCUCCUCCUUACCUAGACUACAACCAAGAAGACGAAAAUUCUCAUUACGACAGUGACGGCAAAGGAACCACUCCUACUUCAUUUAUAUAUAACAAUCCCUCUCCCACCAUACCAUGGGGCCUUAUCCAUUUGAAAAUCAAACGAUCAUCACAGAAAUGGCUCCACUCCUACUUUGGGCACUUUCCUUGUCUUCAUUUCUUCUUCCAUCAUCAGCUUCUACUUCGCCCUGCCAUUUCCCAGCCGUGUACACCUUGGGCGAUUCCAAUUCCGACACCGGCAGCCAACCCGCGGUGUUCGGACGAGUUCCCUCCCCCAACGGCGAGACUUUCUUCGGCAAACCGUCCGGCCGAUAUUCCGACGGCCGGCUAAUCAUCGAUUUCUUGGCUGAGAGGCUAGGACUACCGUACUUGAGUUCCUUCCUGGAUUCCAUAGAAUCCAACUUCACCCACGGCGCCAAUUUCGCUUCAAGCGCAGCCACCAUCCAGCCCGCCAGCGGGAGGAUAUUCGACGCCGGGUUCAGCCCUAUAGAUCUCAAUUUCCAGUUCUUGCAGUUUCAGCAGUUUAAAGAUAGAACCUUUGAGCUGCAGAAACAAGGAGGAGGGAUUGAUCUGCAUCGCUUGCCAGAACCAGAAGGGUUCGGAUCUGCUCUCUACACUUUGGAUUGUGGGCAGAAUGACCUUCAUGUUGGCCUAAUCGAACCGGGCGGUGAGCAAGGUGCUCUUUCUUCCAUCCCUAUGGUCAUCAACAACUUUUCUCUAGCCAUAGAGAACCUGUACAAAGAAGGAGCAAGAACAUUUUGGAUUCACAACACAGGUCCAAUCGGCUGCUUGCCAUUCUUUGUGAUUAGGUACCCUCCAAAGCCUGGAAAUGAGGACCCAGUUGGCUGUAUCAAGUCCUUUAACCAAGUGGCUCAAGAAUUCAACAAGCAGCUCAAUGAAACAGUUUACAAGCUGAGAACCCAAUUCCCUGAUGCACUGCUCAUCCUUGUGGACAUCUAUUCUGCAAAGUACUCUCUCAUCAGCCAAGCUGCAAAGCACGGUACAGCACGAAAAAUGAAUCUAAAUCAUCAUUUGAACCCUAGCUAGCUCAAAAUCGAUACUAAAACUUUGUGGGAUUGGAUGGAUUACAGGGUUUGAAGAUCCACUUGGGUUUUGUUGCGGCCACUUGGGGGAUGACUAUGUGGUCAGGUGUGGGCAGAAGGCUGAGCUGAGGAAUGGAACUGUUGUGUAUGGAGCUUCUUGCAGAGAUCCUUCCAAGUACAUCAGCUGGGACAAUAUACAUUACACUGAAGCUGCGAAUCGGUGGGUUGCUGACCGGAUUUCGGACGGGUCGCUGUCGGAUCCUGCUGUGCCCAUUACUGAAGCUUGUUGAAGGGCUGGGAGGUUGCUGUAUUAGGUUUUUGACUCAAAGAGGUUAUACACGGUUAUAAUCAGAGUGGGAUUAAAGCGUGAUUACGUAAACGAAUACAUAAUUACAAUUUACAUGUAUACUACUACUAUCUGUCUCCAACACAAUGGACAUUUCGUUGUAUGGACAUGGAGUGUAUAAAGUUUGGGAAGUUAGAAGUUUUAGAUGGUUUCAGUGCAUAUCGAUGCUUAUAAUAACGUUAUUAGUAACCAGGGAGAAAAGCAGUGGCUAAUAGUACGCACAACAAAAAUACAAACAACCUGACGACUUCACUGGGGAUCGAACCCAGAAUCUCUGGUUUCGUAGACCAGCGCCUUAUCCAUUGGGCCAUGAAGUCCUCUCACUGGGAGAUUUGACUGUGUAAGUUAAAUAUAUUAUUGCUCAAGAGUCUCACCUUCUGAAUUUCUCCUUGAAAGUCCCAAGUUCCAACUUCCAACUUCCAACCAGCAAGUCAAGGCGCCGACGGCAUCGUAUUAACCACUCGUAGCUUCUGUCAACGUGUCACGAUUUUGGCGUCACCUUCCAAUUCACUCACUCACUCUCUCACUCAUCCUCGCCUUCCUAUUUUCCUUCACUCCCCUUUCUCCCGCCCGCUAUCUCUCCGUCGCCGGCCAUUUUAUCCAACGACCUAAACCUCUCCGCCACCGCUGCCGAUCGCCGCCAAUGAUGCUUCUCACCUCCCCACCUCUCCACACUCACAUCUACCCUUCCAACCUCAACUCCAUAACCUCCACCACGAACUCCUCCGUCGCACUCGCCGGUAACCUCCUCUUAUGUUCCGCCGCGAACUCUCACAAGCUUCCCACCGCCGCCGGGACCACCGCGUCCUCCCUCCGAACAACAACACUCCCAUCCUCUCCUUUCUCCUUCACUUCUACUUCCUCGCCAGCGAGCAACCUCCAUUGCGUGACGCAAUCGCCUUAUCCCGAUGAUCGCCCAGAACCGGAGGAGGAGGAGGCGAUGCUUCCGUCGGCCUCCGCAAUCGUCUCGGCCAUUCGGCGGGGUUCCACCUCCGCGGUGGAGUUCGAGCAGCGGAUCGAGAAGGACCAGAAGAGCAAAUCGCUACUCCCGAGCCCUGAUUUUCACAGGCUCUGUGUCGAACAGCUGGAUCUCUUUCGGAGAAUCGUCCAUCCAGAAUCCGUGCUCUCGGUGUAUGUGAGACCAGCUGGGAGCUACGUGAUGGAUCAAUUGGAGUUGCGGCGGGUAGCUUCUGUUCCAAGAACAGAUUCUGACGACGAGAUUGUUGUGUUGAUUGGAAAUUUCCGCGUUGCAACUGGAUUGCGAGCUGCUGAAGCUGCACUCACUCGCAGACAGAUAGAAUGUGUAUCUGAACCCAGCGCCGUGGUGUUUCCAAUGGUGAAACAUCCCUUUGUUGUUGGGUUCUUGGUGGCUGAGCUGCCAAAAAUGGAGAUGGAAGUGACGUCUGAUGUGCAAGGUGAAAGGAAAGACUUGCUGCAUUUGCCCUCUUUGGAGAAAGCUUAUCAAGCUUCUUCAGGAUUAGAUGAACCAUGGUUGAGGAGUGAUGAUGACAAUGAGGAUGAGCUACAUUCUAGCAGUCACAAGUUUCUUCCUGCUGACCAAAGAUUGAAUGCGAUCAAUAUCUCUCGCUCUCUGGCUAUGGCUUAUGUUAUGGAUCAGAAAGCAAUGUUGCUACAGCACUCCUCAUGGCAAAAUAAUGUUAGAAUGAGUAGCCUGGUUGAGCAGAUUCGUGGAUCUCUUUCUAGCAUUCGAACAUUGAGUAAAAUGUUGACCGUUCAUGUAAAGAAAACUGAAAUUCCUUAUGACAUAGUUGAAGACAUACUUGCACAGGGUGAUAACAUGAGAAAUACUCUCCAAGAACUCCAGGAUGCUGUUCACAUGACAAAGGCACGCAUUGUCUCUGUCUCUCUCUUUCUCAGAGCCAAUAUAAUGAGGUAUAACGAAGAAUCCUUAAAAAGGAUCAGCACUUCAACAAAUACAAGUCCCGAGCGAGCAAGUUCUCAACUACCACAGAACCUACUAAGAGAUAAAGGCAGCAAGUUGCAAAAUUCAGGUGAUCCUCUUCAGUUUAGUGACAAUGACUUGGAGAUGCCCAUGCCACCGUUCUCUCUUGCACCUUUAGACACAGUUGGAAUAAGACCAUGCAUUGUAUCCGAGGUACUCUCCGACAUGGUUGAAGCAGUGAAACCACUAGCCCAUAUGCAGCAACGCAUUGUGGAAUUGGCGGAUCUCUCCCCCUCGCUGCAAGUUGCAGUGGAAGAACCUGCUCUGCGGCAGGCUCUUAGCAAUUUAAUCGAAGGAGCUCUAUUACGCACUCAAGCUGGGGGCAGGGUGGAAAUCGUAUCAACUGGAGCACCAGGAGGCGGGGUUCUUGUGAUGAUCGAUGAUGAUGGCCCAGAUAUGCACUAUAUGACCCAGAUGCAUUCUCUGACACCUUUUGGGGCAGAGUUGUUCUCGGAUGACAUGGUUGAAGACAACAUGACAUGGAACUUCAUCGCGGGUCUGAGUGUUGCACGAGAGAUACUGGAGGUUUAUGGCUGUGUGGUGCGUGUGAUCUCACCUAGAUCCACAGAUGCAGUCCUGGGUAGUGGAGGAACCAGGGUAGAACUCUGGCUCCCUUCUCUUUCAGAGAAUCCGAACUGAAAAUUUGCCAUACACCAACCACUUAGCUAGUCCAUAAAACGUUCUCUAAGAGGAGAGGUACCUUCUGCUCUUUAGUGUACAUAUUGUUGUUGCUGUAUCUGUUCAUGCAUCUCAUUCCACUGACCAAGAACACAACCAAAGGGAAGGGAACCGAACCAACCCGAGCUGACAUUGGGGAAACCAUUCCUGGUGUUGCAAGCCAAAUUGAGGCGUUCUCACUAGUUCUCCUUCAAUCUUCAUCUAUGUGUAUAUACCAGAACCCAGUGUUCAAAUUCUGUGUAAAGAUGGAGCAAGUGUCUCUUUGAUUUGGAGUCUGGUGAUUGUGCGCUCUAAAGUACAUGGUCUAUAACUUCUGGUCGUGACAUUAUCUUGUAGAGUUGGUGAUGAGUCGAUAACCAACUUACGACGAGUUGAAAUGUACUGAUGGUUGUUGCAUUUCGAGGUACUUCAACCAGAGCAGUCCAUAAACCAAGAGGAAAGCACUAUUUGAUUUGGUCCAAGGUUGUCAACCCGCGGGUUGACCCGGACCCGGUCGAGCUAGUG